UUGGUCACUGUAGCUGUCAGUCACCAGCGGCUGAAUGGUCGUUCAGCUGCUCAGCAUCUGGACUAAACGAUGAAGGUUAUUAUGCCAGACAGAACGAUUUCUGCUUAAAAAUAAAGAAAGAAGAGCUCGGCUGCUAUCAUGUACGGAUUCGUGAAUCACGCCUUGGAGCUCCUUGUUUUAAGGAAUUAUGGCCCAGAAGUGUGGGAAGACAUCAAGCGGGAGGCUCAACUUGAUAUUGAGGGUCAGUUCCUGGUUCGACUCAUAUAUGAAGAUGGAAAAACAUACGACCUUGUUGCUGCUGCAAGUAAAGUUCUCAAGAUGAAUGCGGGAGACAUCUUGCAGCUGUUUGGGAAGAUGUUUUUUGAAUUUUGCCAGGAGUCAGGUUAUGACACUAUCCUGCGAGUGUUAGGCUCGAAUGUUCGUGAAUUUCUGCAGAAUUUGGAUGCUCUGCAUGACCACCUGGGCACCAUCUAUCCCGGGAUGAGGGCUCCCUCAUUCCGCUGCACCGACGCAGAGAAGGGGAACAAUCUGAUUCUUCACUACUACUCGGAGAGGGAAGGCCUGGAAGACAUUGUGAUUGGCAUCAUUAAAACUGUGGCUCAACAAAUCCACGGGACAGAGAUAGAUAUGAAGAUGAUCCAGCCAAAAAAUGAGGACUGUGACCACAUCAAGUUCCUGAUUGAAGAGAAGGAGUCAGAGGAAGAGGCGCUCUACGAGGACCUGGAUGGCUUUGAGGAGAACGGCACCCAGGAGACACGGAUCAGCCCGUACACUUUUUGCAAGGCCUUCCCGUUCCACCUUAUGUUUGACAAGGACCUGACGUUGACACAGUGCGGGAACGCCAUUUAUCGUGUCUUGCCGCAGCUCCAGCCUGGAAGCUGCAUCCUCCCUUCAGUUUUUUCCUUGGUCCGUCCUCACAUUGACUUCAGUUUUCAUGGGAUUCUUUCACACAUCAACACUGUCUUUGUCCUGAGAAGCAAGGAGGGCCUGCUGAAUGUGGAGAUGGUAGAGAAUGAGGACGAGCUGACGGGGGUGGAGAUCAGCUGUCUGAGAUUGAAAGGACAGAUGAUUUACUUGCCAGAGGCGGAGAACAUCCUUUUUCUCUGUUCACCCAGUGUAAUGAACCUGGAUGAUCUAACAAGAAGGGGGCUGUACCUGAGUGACAUACCACUCCAUGAUGCUACUCGUGACCUGGUGCUGCUGGGUGAACAGUUCCGUGAGGAAUACAAGCUGACCCAAGAGCUGGAAAUCUUGACAGAUCGUCUGCAGCAUACACUUCGAGCUUUGGAGGAUGAGAAGAAAAAGACAGACAGAUUGCUGUAUUCUGUUCUGCCACCGUCCGUCGCCAACGAGCUGCGACACAAGCGCCCCGUCCCGGCUAAACGUUACGACAACGUGACCAUCCUCUUUAGCGGCAUUGUGGGAUUCAAUAGUUUCUGCAGCAAGCAUGCUUCAGCCGAGGGGGCCAUCAAGAUAGUUAACCUGCUCAAUGAUGUUUACACACGUUUCGACAUCUUGACAGACUCGAGGAAGAAUCCUUACGUAUACAAGGUGGAAACAGUGGGUGAUAAGUACAUGACAGUGAGUGGCCUGCCAGAACCAUGCACACACCAUGCCAAGUCUAUCUGCCAUCUCGCUCUUGACAUGUUGGAGAUUGCUGGACAAGUCAAAGUUGAUGAUGAACCCGUGCAGAUUACAAUUGGGAUCCACACAGGAGAAGUGGUGACAGGGGUGAUUGGCCAGCGGAUGCCUCGAUAUUGUCUUUUUGGAAAUACGGUCAACCUCACGAGCCGUACAGAAACAACUGGCGAAAAGGGGAAAAUAAAUGUGUCAGAAUAUACUUACAGGUGUUUGCAGUCUGCUGAGAAUGCUGACCCUCAGUUUGAGUUGGAGUAUCGAGGCCCCAUCACUAUGAAAGGAAAGAAGGAUCCCAUGAAAGUGUGGUUUCUAACCAGGAAGCCCACAGAUGCUGAGGCAAACACAGCUAAAGCCUAAUGUUUAAACACCAAAUGUAUCACCUAGUCACCGUGGCACCUGCUGUGUUUAGUAACAUUACAUUUUUUUCCACACAGCUUUUGAUCUGAGGACGUGGACAAGGUGAAGAUUAAGAUCUAAAAUGUUAUCUAUUCACAGACAUGCAGAUAUUUUAAUAUAAUGUAGCACAGUACAGUUUUUGUGACCUCACCACGCUGUAUAUUUUAGAAAGU